GAUGCGCACUGUAGAAUAUUGAUGUCAGCUCACGUGCGCUUCUGGACUAGACGCCAAACAUUGAUGGCCAAUUAGCUUGCUAGCUAGCUAGCAUAACAGAAAUGGGCAGUAAAGACGUACCAUUAACAAACAGCAGUAACUUUACACCUUGUGUAUUCUUCAAUACAGACUCUGAAGACUAUCGAUGUGUGGUGAUCCUUGCAGUAAAACGAGCUACGGGCACGUUCUCUCUGAUAGGAUGCUUCUUCAUGUUAUUUGUCAUCUGGCUGCUACGGCGUUAUCACUCUUUGGCCCAGAAAAUGAUUCUCAGUCUGACAAUAGCGGCCUUCUUUGACAGCAUAGCAUAUGUCAUGAGUGAGUCCCACCCUGAAGGCAGUUUAUGCAACUUCCAGGCUUGGUGGCUCACUUACUUUGACUGGAGUGCCUUGGCCUGGGUCUGCCUCAUCACCUUCAACCUCUACCUCAACCUGGUCAGGGAGAUGAGCACCAACAGAUUUGAGAUACUGUACCACGCGAUGGCAUGGGGGGUGCCACUGGUCAUGGCCACCCUGCCCCUCCUCAGGGGGUACUAUGGACCUGCUGGAGCCUGGUGCUGGAUCACAGACAGUCACGUCGCAUGGAGAUUUGGAAUAUGGUACGUGCCACUCUUCACCCUCAUCCUCCUCAUGAUCUGCUGCUACACCAGGAUCAUCUACGUGGCCAAUGAGAGGAUGCAGUCCUGGUUUGGAACAUUCAACCCAGAAAGGGAAAGGAGAAAGGUGUCCUUGGCUAAGGAGACAAAGCAUUUGAAGUGGUACCCUUCCGUGUAUCUUCUGGUAUCUCUGUUCCCCCUCAUCAACAGGCUCCACAAUGCGGUGUAUCCCCAGGAGCCGCUGUUCCCUCUGACUCUGCUUCACGUACUCUUUGCCCCCCUCCACGGCCUGGCCAAUGCCUUUGUCUUCGGUCUGGACAGAGACACCUGGAGCCUGCUCAGCCCCACAGGAAUACAGCUGGCGCUCCAGUCUCGUCUGUGUGACAGGACGAAUAUUAGGGAGUACCACCCGGGGCUGGUCCGGUACACCCAGACAGAGCUGGAAGACUUCAGCGAAGACGGCGAUGAUGAAGACGCCAAUGUGCUCUUCUUUUCUCCGGAUAUGACUCUAAAAGACAGAGGACCCUGAGCACCGAGGGAGGGGAGGAAAGAGAGGAAAUAGGGUCAAGAGAGAGAGAGAGGGGUGUGGGGGAGCAGACAAAGUGUAAGAAAUAGAGAUCCAGGGAGUGUGUUAAACAGAAGCAUGGGUUUCGGGCCAAGACAAGCAGGACAUGAGCUGCCAGCUUUUAUUAUGGUUCUAUCUAUCUGAUAUUGUAAAGCUACACAUAGGCACGCUCCUACACCCCACUCUCCCCCCAAAACUGCAGCUACCUGAAAUACUGCUUCCCUGCUUGGCAGUCUAUCUUUCAGUGUUAAAGAGGAAGGUCAAGAAAGCAGCGGUUGAUAAUGUAAAGAUAAUUCAAAAGCUUCCCACAUAUACUGGCUGCAUCUCAAAACUCUCAAGAAGCCAGCUCUCUCCUUUUCCCCCUUCCUUCCCUUCCCCGCUGCAUUCUGUACUAAAAAAACUGGGAUGUAAAAUGGGGGUUAACUGAACUGUAGCUCUGAAAAUGUAGCCCAGUAAAUGAGUGUGAAGCAUCACUGCCUAGAAGAGAGACAUCCUGAACUGAUGUUCUGUACACAGCAUGUGUGCUGAGCAAGGAGAGCAAGGGGAGACCGUUUACACCGACCCCUUUCAGCUGAGGAGAAAAAGUGGAGGGGGAAGAGAGGAAGAGUGGAGGUGACAAGGCAACUUCAGACGUGUCUGUGUCGAAAGGCAAAUAAGGUAUCUGAGCAGAGGUGUAGCCAGUAGUGGGUGAGGGGGUUAAAGAAUGGAAAUUAGAGUAGGAAGAUAGAGGAAACCAGAAGACGAAGAGAGCUAUUAGUGAGAAAGUUCCAGGAUUGCUUUGGCUCUUUGAAGUCUGGACUGUUGUCCCGUUAUAAAGUAUAACUGUUUUUGCUACAACUUUCUACAAGUGUCUUAUUUUCAUACCAUUUUUUAUACACGUAUUGCUUCCAUUUCACUGAAUUGUGUUUGUUUGUUUGACUAUUUAUGACAUGAAUAUUGUAUAUAUAUUUGUGUGUAUAUCCUAUAUUUAUUUUGUAUGCUGACUUUGUGACUGGAAUGAUAAUUUUUAGGACCCUAUGGGUGUAGUUCCUGCUGUUUGGAACACACAUACAUAUUGUAUUAACACUUUGGAUUAAAGUACCUGCAAAAGGAAGACAUUACACAAACCAAUCGGCCCCUUUUGAAAUAAUACUGUACAUAGUUUCUGACCAAUGCACUCACUCUCUUGAAACGAAGUUGUUGUCAAAUACAGCCCCACAAACUCACAUUGUAAACCACUUUUUAAGGUGUUGUUUGAAUACACUUCUUUAUAAGAGUUGGACAGAAGAGAACCUUUGGAGUCCUGUGCCAUUGGUGUUUCCUGCCUCCAAGAUUUUUGACAGAAUUUCAACGCUGGCUAGGAGACUACCAAUCAAGGAUGGAUUUUUGUUUGGUUACUUAAAACUUGCACCACGCUUACACUUGGACCUGGGAGUGGUGGAGCUGUUUGUGUCCCGGGACAACGUGCAAUGCCAUUUAUGGUUUUCUCUCUGUGCGUGGGAUGGGUCUCGGCUUCUCAUUAAGGGUUUGCUUAUCUGUUCAGCCACUCGUUGGUUAAACGCUUCCUGGCUGUCACGUACAGGUGAAAACCUCCUCAGAAAGCAUCAACGCCAAGGCAAUAACUGUUCAUGGGGCUGGAAGCUCUAUAGGCCUCCGUCUGAUCGACACCCCUACCAUUUUGUUUUUCUCAAAACAAGUUUACCCCUCGCUGACUAUGGCAAAGUGGUUAACAACGAUAAUAAUCUUAUAAAAUCCUCUUCAUUGACUUUCAAUUCAAAUUCACAUUCUUGAAGUUUGAAUGGAAAGUUUGUCAAACUUGUAAUGUUUAAACGGAACAGAAUAGACAGUGGCCUGCCUUGCCCUUUCAAAAGCUAUGCCUUUUAUAUCACCUCAAAUUUACUUUGUGGUGGUUCAUUCUACUAAUAACAAAAUACAAAAAACUGUGUGCUCCUCCCGGUCCCCAAUCACCUCCACUAUUCCCAGGUGAGGUCACCUAUGAAGCUCUCCUAUACCCAUACACCAUCCAGUG